UUGCUUUCUCUGUGUUUCCAGGCUAAGAAGCAGGAGCUGCCACGCGAGGAACAGGGUCCGUCCAUCAAGAACCUGGACUUCUGGCCCAAACUGAUCACGCUGAUGGUGUCUGUUAUUGAUGAGGACAGAACGGCAUACACACCCAUCAUUAACCAGUUCCCUCAAGAGUUGAAUAUGGGUAAAAUCAGCGCUGAAAUCAUGUGGAGUCUCUUCGCCUUGGAUAUGAAGUACGCGAUGGAGGAACAUGACAAGCAUCGUCUCUGCAAGAGCACCGAGUACAUGAAUCUGCACUUCAAAGUCAAGUGGUUCUACAACGAGUACGUGCGCGAUCUGCCGGCGUUUAAGGGCGUCCCUCCAGAGUAUUCGCUAUGGUUCGAGCCGUUCGUGAUCCAGUGGUUGGAUGAAAAUGAAGACGUAGCGAUGGAUUUCCUCAACGGAGCUCUGGAGAGAGAUAAAAAAGACGGGUUCCAGCAGACGUCUGAACACGCGCUCUUCUCCUGCUCAGUGGUGGACGUUUUUACGCAACUCAACCAAAGCUUUGAGAUCAUCAAGAAACUGGAGUGUCCAAACCCUCACGCCCUCGCUCACUUCAUGCGCAGAUUCGCAAAGACCAUAAAUAAAGUGCUCAUCCAGUAUGCAGCCAUCAUCUCCAAAGACUUCAGCAAUCAUCUCAGCAAAGAGAAAGUGGUGAGUGUUCAUGGGGUCUUAAAAAACUCUUAAAAUGUCUCACAAUGU